GACUCCACAAUAUAUUUCACUCUAUCCUCCGAAAAAAAAAAGAAAUAAGCAACAGCAGCGAACCGGAACGAUCAGUUAUGGAGAGCGCGAAACCUCCCCCGCCCACAACAGCACAGUUAUUCCAAGUAUUUCUCAGACUUCGCCCAACAUCGCCCCAAUCCUCGGUUUCGGAAACACGCUUCUUGACUGCGGUUCCGGGUCAAAAUUGUGUUUACGUGACUCCUCCACAGCAGAGAAGCAGGUUUAGAGCUAUCGAAAGGUUCGGAUUCACCAGCAUCUUCGACGAGCUCUCGGAGCAGAAGGAUGUAUUUGUCGAGACGGUUAUGCCGCUAUUGCAGCAGGCGAUAAGUGGGCGGGAUGGGACGCUGGCCACGUUGGGCGUCACGGGGAGUGGGAAGGUGGGCUUGCAUGCACCCCUGAAUAAUUGAAUCGGAGCUAACAGUAAGGACUUGCGCUCAAACCGCAGACACAUACAAUACUUGGCAGUAAAGAUCAGAAGGGUAUGACACAGAUGGCUCUGGAUGUGCUCUUCUCAAGUAUAGGCGAUAGAAUGGUGGAUUACAGCGGAGUCGAUAUUAUCGCGAGCGAUCACACGGAAGCUAUAUUAAUGGAUGCUGUUACCUUUCAUGAAAGGAUGAAUAGCGCUUUAGUAAAGACCCCCACUGAGCGGCGCAAGCUAGGGAAUUUUUUUAGCUCAUAGGCUUUAGGAUGGACAUGCAUCAAAACGCUCGUCGCUUGCCCACAUUUCUACUCCAAAGGCGCCUGAUGUCAGUGAUUUGUCGGUAGAUCUGGAUAGCAAAUCAAAGUAUGCCGUGCUUGUAUCAAUGUAUGAGCUAUACAACGAUCGUAUAUUCGACUUGCUCGACGAUUCGGGUGCCAACAACCAAAACCGUCGCAAAGCUCUAAUCUUUAAGAAGCCCUCAACGACUGCGGCUUGGGAUACCUCUAAGGAAUCCAAAAAGGUAGUAGCGGGGCUUCGGAAGGUUUACGCAAAAAACCUCCAAGAGGCGCUUCAAAUAUUAGAGCAUGGACAAGCCUCUCGCAGGGCAUCACCCACGCAUAGUAACUCAGUAAGCUCUCGCAGUCACGCUUUCCUCCAGGUGGAAGUCAGGAGAUUUUCGCCGAGAGGAAAUGAGAAGGGCGGAGCGAGCUUGCACAUAGUCGAUCUGGCUGGAUCAGAGCGUGCCCGUACUGCGAAGACUGCGGGGGAAAGGCUUGCUGAGGCGGGUUCUAUCAAUCGUUCGUUAAUGUGCUUGGGCCAAUGUUUGCAAUUACAAACGCAAGUCAGUGAUAAUGGAAAGCCAGCCGUGGUUCCAUGGCGCCAAUCAAAGCUCACCGAGCUGUUAUUCUCUAACUCAUUCUCUGGUGCUGGGGGCGGUGGACAGAGAGCCAGUAUGAUAGUUACCGCGGAUGCCAUGGGCGACUUUAACGCUACUACACAAAUACUGCGCUACUCUGCGCUGGCCAGAGAAGUGACGGUCCCCCGAGCAUCUAGCCGACAGAUCUCCGGAAUGUCCGACUCUAGCGCCGCUUCCUCCACCCUGGAAGAACUGACAGUGAUCUCAACCACCAUAACCCAAGAUGACAGCAAAGACGCCCUGAUAGCGCGUCUAAUAGCACAGCUAGAAGAGACCGAAGCCCGCUGGCGCGACGCUGAGGAGCACUGCCUGACAAUCGAGCAGCAAGUGCGUGAAGAGGUAGCGGACGAGAUGGAAGAACGCCUGGAAGAAGUCCGCCGUGAGACUCUGGAACACUUUGAAAUGGAAGAGGAGUGGCGGGAAGGCUACGUUGAUGGGAAACUGGAGAUUCUGCGUAAGGGCAUCGAAAGUAUUAUACCUACUUGAAAUCUCGUGCAGACGGUGCUAACCACGUGGCCGCUCGAUAUUAUAGUUCGCGAAGAUGCACCCCCGGACGCAGCCGAGCGGAUACGGGAACUCGAGAGCGAGAAUGAGGCCCUGAGGAGGGAGUUGUUGGCACUUCGACGGGAGGCGCUGGGGAGGAGCCCUUCUAAGGGCCGCAGCGGCGGGAGGGGGUUCCCGAGUCCUUUGAAAGGGAUGGAGAACUUGGAGAUUUAUUAG